AGUGCGUUACCCUUUUGUCAGUGACCGCCUGGUCAUUUUCUUUACCACAUCACACCAACCUACACACACCAGUCCAUGGUUUUUCAUCAUCACGGGGCGCUGGCCUUCUAUGGCGCACUAUUCAUGCUCGCCGCUAUAAAGCAUACCCCAUGUGCCGGCGCGAUUUUGUCGAAACGAGCUUUCCCAGAUCUGAAAGUGGGGGGAAAUGGUCGGAUUUGCGAACAGGAUUUGCCACAGAUUGGACAUACCAACCUAGUGGAACAAGAUAAUCAAUUCCAUCUAAGCAAGACAGCAGAUCUGGUUAAAACCCCUCAAAUUUUUUCUGCACACAGUUUGCAAUAUGAUCCGGUCUAUGGGAUGUACUUUCACAAAAAGGGUUUUGUAUCAUUGAAUGAAUAUUACACCCUUUCGGUUAAAGAUGGGAAGACAACCCCAGAGAGGAUCAAUGCUUUUGUGGAUGAUUUUGUGGUGUAUUAUACAAAACAUCAUAUGGGGAAGGAUUUGCAAGAAAGGGAGGAACAAUUCAAAAAGCUGAGAAUCGAUCCUAUAGAAGUCUGCAAAAUCCAAUUGGGCUGGCUUAAGGAGAACGUGAAGGAAAAUCCACACGCUAAAGAACUAAAUAAUGGAAAGACUGUGGAUGAUUUGCUUCAAAAGAUCAUGAAUAUCUCUCAGGGGAAAAUAUCACCAAUAAACUCAAUUGAGAUCUUUGGUCAAGAGAUGCAGGAUGUCCUACAAUUGGACAAAGAUAAAAUGAAACAGUUUGUUGAUUCAUACAUGUAUUCAAACAAGGCCUGA